GGGCUUACGUAUUCCGGGCAGAAACUGCGAGAGAAAACACUUUCUGCGAGCGAAUCGUCAUCUGUGCGACGCGGGCCAUCAGAUGCCAGUUUUAUUGUGGUAGAGUAGACAUCGGUACCCGGUAAAACAAGAUUAGUACGAGGGAGAUCGGAAGAACACCUAAAUACACGGUUAGCUUUCCCUGUCGUUGGCGUCGGCGUCGUAGAGUGGGAAGACCGUUUCGUUUUAGCCAGUUUGUGUAAUCGAUGCGUUUAGUUCCUGCAUUGGCCGCGACAUGACGCUCAUAAAUUACAGCGCCGUAUUUGCUCACUGUUGGGAAGUGCGUAUAGCGAGCUAGGCUCAUUGCAAUUCCGAAAGCUUUACUUGAUGUUUCAAUAAGCAGCAAAAAAGACAGAAUUACACACAACAGUGAACCGCCGCUGUGUCUCCGCCCACAGAAAUGCACGAUACCUCGAGUUCUUUCCUCCGAAGGAUUUGAAACGAAUUCUAACAGUUUGCACAGUGUUUUUCUGCGACUGCUGUUGAUACCGGUUAACAGCCAGAUUUGCUGCAUAUAAACCAUUUUACAUUACGACUAUUUAUGCAGCAGAACACUGUCAUACUAUAUGGGAAGAGUGUAGUAUAAAAAUUGCGCAUUUGUGUUUGGAGAAAGAGUUACUGUAUUUACCGGGUGGAGAGCGUAAAUAUGCCUUUAGGUAACACGGUGCGACGGAAUGGUCCACGCUCUCUUCAUAGAAAUACAUCGCUGUAAUGAAUAAAACCAUCGUCUGACUAAAAUUGGGGGCAACACACGUUAGCGAAAAUGGGAUUCCUUCACCAGCUGCAUCUUCUCUUGUGGAAGAAUGUUUCUUUGAAGCGAAGGGGACCGUGGGUGCUGGCCUUCGAAAUCUUCAUCCCCCUGGUCCUCUUCUUCAUUCUCCUGGGGCUGAGGCAGAAGAAACCAGCCAUCCCUGUGAAGGAAGUGUCCUUCUACAGCGCCGCCCCCCUCACGUCAGCGGGGAUAAUUCCCAUCAUGCAGUCUCUGUGCCCAGACGGUCAGCGGGACGAGUUUGGCUUCCUGCAGUACAAGAACUCCACAGUGACUCAGCUCCUGGACCGUAUCAGUGAGGUGGUGGAGCAGAACCAUCUCUUCGCUCCGGAGAGGCCGGGUCUGGGGGAGGAGCUGGAGUCCCUGCAGAUGCACCUGGAGAGUCUGAGCACCACCUCAGGACCGCUGGACACACGCUUCAACACCAGCCAGGUGUUCACAGUUGGAAGCGUGCUGAAGAACCAGACUGCGUUUCAGCAGUUCCUGGUCAGGAACCUGACUCUGUCCAACGACACCGCAAACCUGCUGCUCUCCUCCCCUGUCAAUCUCAAAGAGGUGUACAACCUCAUCUUCGGCUCUUAUCCGGGAGCGGGAGGGGAUGGCCAAGGGAGGGUCAGAGGCACGCGGGACACUCAAAGCUCUGGGGAUAAGGCACUGCAGGAGAAGCUGCUGGGGAGUUGGCGCAGUCUGGGUGGGGAUCUGAUCCACAAAGCCCUGCAGGACCCAGCCAUGGCUGCCCACCGGCAGGCUCUGCUCAAACUCAUGUCCCAGGCUUUAGGCCUGGCCACCGGAGGGGGAGACAAGAGCUACGAUCCCCAGGGACUGCAGGAGGUGGAGGGCGCUGUGCUGACGGGCAGGGUCCUGGAGGGGCUCACCUGCGGGGAGGGCGGGGCCGCCGAGCUGAGCGAGAUCUUGCAGGUGCCGGAGAAGCAGCAACCUCUGCUGAGGGCGUAUCGCAGUACUGUAUGCGGCGGAGGGGAGGGUCAGAGGCAGGAGAGGUUCAGCGAGAUGAGCCGAGAGCUGAAGGACCAGAUAGACACACAGACCAUCAUUGACAAGCUGCGUCUGGAGCAGGCCAAUAUCUCGGGCCUGCCCUCGCAGUCUCACCUGGGGGCCCUGCUGAAGGACCUGGCCGAUGUGGAGCGGCUUCUGCGGGACGUGGACCUCCUCUCGGGAUUGGCCAGACUGCUGCCCAAAGGGGCGUGCUCUGGCCACCAGGCCACACCCCCCGCCAACGCCACCGCCUGGAGCCCCAACGCCACCACCUGGGGCCCCAACACCACAGACACGCCCGGCGGGGAGGGGGACGGGGGGGUGCGGGGCGAAGCCGAGGGAGAGAACCCCCGUUCGCAGUUCUCCGCCUUUGUGCAGCUGUGGGCGGGGCUGCAGCCCAUUCUGUGUGGAAACAACAGAAUUAUUGAGCCAGAGGCUCUAAAGCAAGGUAACAUGAGCUCUCUGGGCUUCACCAGCAAGGAACAGCGCAACCUCGGCCUUCUGGUGCACCUGAUGACUACAAAUCCCAAGAUCCUCUACUCUCCCAUUGGCACAGAUGUUGACAAGGUUAUCCAGAAGGCCAACGAGACCUUUGCGUUUGUGGGGAAUGUGACACACUACGCCCGCGUGUGGCUCAACAUUUCCGCCGAGCUCCGGGCCUUCCUGGAGGAGGGCAAGCUGCACAACCACAUGGCCUGGCUGCAGCAGUUGACCUCUGACCUGCGCAGACACCCUGAGUUGCUGAACGCCUCGGACAGCGAGCUGAUGCGCAGCCUGCUGGAAGGGAACUUCACCCUGCCCAACGCCACCACCCUGCUGGAGCAGCUGGACACCAUCGACAAUGCCGCCUGCGGCUGGACGCACUUCAUGUCAAAGGUCAGCGUGGACAUCUUCAAAGGCUUCCCUGAUGAGGAGAGCAUUGUCAACUACACUCUGAACCAGGCCUACCAGGACAACGUGUCUGUGUUUGCCAGUGUGAUUUUCCAGACCAACAAGGAUGGCUCCCUGCCCGCCCAUGUCCUUUACAAGAUCCGCCAGAACUCCAGCUUCACCGAAAAGACCAACGAGAUCCGCCGGGCUUACUGGCGUCCCGGGCCCAACACCGGGGGAAAGUUUUACUUCCUGUAUGGCUUCGUGUGGAUCCAAGAUAUGAUAGAGAGGGCCAUCAUCAACACCUUUGUGGGACAUGAUGUUGUGGAGCCUGGCAACUAUGUCCAGAUGUUUCCAUACCCCUGCUACACCCGAGACGACUUCCUGUUUGUGAUCGAGCACAUGAUGCCUCUCUGCAUGGUGAUCUCCUGGGUCUACUCGGUGGCCAUGAUGAUCCAGCACAUAGUGGCGGAGAAGGAGCACCGCCUAAAAGAGGUGAUGAAGAUGAUGGGUCUGAACAACGUGGUCCACUGGGUGGCCUGGUUCAUCACGGGCUUCGUCCAGCUGUCUAUCUCGGUGACCGCGCUGACCGCCAUCCUCAAAUACGGCAAGGUGCUGCUGCACAGCGACCCCUUCAUCAUCUGGCUCUUCCUCACCGUCUACGCCAUCGCCACCAUCAUGUUCUGCUUCCUGGUGUCUGUGAUCUACUCCAAGGCCAAGCUGGCGUCAGCCUGUGGCGGGAUCAUCUACUUCCUCAGUUAUGUGCCCUACAUGUAUGUGGCCAUCCGGGAGGAGGUGGCCCACGACAAGAUCACCGCCUUCGAGAAGUGCAUCGCGUCCCUGAUGUCCACCACUGCCUUUGGUCUCGGUUCUAAGUACUUUGCCCUCUAUGAGGUCGCUGGAGUGGGCAUCCAGUGGCGCACUAUCAACCAGUCGCCAGUAGAGGGCGAUGAUUUCAAUCUGCUGCUGUCUAUGGUGAUGCUGAUCAUCGAUGCCAGUGUGUACGGAGUGCUCACCUGGUACAUUGAGGCAGUGCACCCAGGAAUGUAUGGUCUGCCCCGGCCUUGGUACUUCCCCUUGCAGAAAUCCUAUUGGCUGGGCAGUGGGCGGGUGGAGACGUGGGAGUGGCCUUGGGGAGGAGGAGCCAGGCUCAGUGUGAUGGAGGAGGACCAGGCCUGUGCCAUGGAGCACCGGCGAUCAGAGGAGACUCGAGGUAUUGAAGAGGAGCCCAGUCACCUGCCUCUGGUGGUGUGCAUAGACAAACUGACUAAGGUGUAUAAGACAGGCAGCAAGCUGGCCCUCAACAAGCUGAGCCUGAACCUGCAUGAGAACCAGGUGCUCUCCUUCCUGGGACACAACGGCGCUGGCAAGACCACCACCAUGUCCAUCCUGACCGGCUUGUUCCCGCCCACCUCCGGCUCCGCCACCAUAUACGGGCACGACAUCCGGACGGAGAUGGAGCGGAUCCGCCAGAACCUGGGGAUGUGUCCGCAGCACAACGUCCUGUUCGACAAGCUGAGUGUGGAGGAGCACCUGUGGUUCUACUCCCGGCUCAAAGGGAUGGCCGAGGAGGACAUCCGCAAGGAGAUGGACAAGAUGAUCGUGGACCUGGAGCUGUCCAACAAGCGGCACUGCCUGGUGCAGACGCUGUCAGGGGGCAUGAAGAGGAAGCUCUCGGUGGCCAUCGCCUUCGUCGGGGGGUCCCGUGCCGUCAUCCUGGACGAGCCCACCGCCGGCGUCGACCCCUACGCCCGCCGGGCCAUCUGGGACCUCAUCCUCAAAUACAAGCAAGGUCGCACUAUCCUGCUGUCCACGCACCACAUGGACGAGGCUGACCUGCUGGGCGACCGCAUCGCCAUCAUCUCCCACGGCAAGCUCAAGUGCUGCGGCUCACCGCUCUUCCUCAAGUCCACCUACGGAGACGGCUACAAGCUGACGCUCGUCAAAAAGCAGAGUGACUCCCAGGGCGCCGCAGACCCGGGCAGCUGCCCCACCUCCGCCCUCUCUCCCUCCUCUGCGCCCCCCUCUUCUCUGUCUCCCUGCUCCGAGGCCCACGUCACGCAGUUCAUCCGGCAGUUUGUGGCGUCCUGCAUGCUGGUGUCCGACUCCAACACGGAGUUGUCCUACAUCCUGCCCUCCGAGGCGGUGAAGAAGGGCUGCUUCGAGAGGCUCUUCCAGGCCCUGGAGCAGAGUCUGGACAGCCUGGCUCUCACCAGCUUCGGGGUGAUGGACACCACUCUGGAGGAGGUCUUCCUCAAAGUGUCCGAGGAGGACCAAUCUCUGGAGAACAGCGAUGCUGACAUGAAGGACUCCCCCGGGUCCUCGGUGGGCAAGCCCCCGUCCUGCCCGGCGGGGCUGCAGUGUGAGGGGCAGCCAGCAGGGGGCGUGGUGAGGCCGGAGGUGGAGCUCAGUAACCUGGUGAUGUGCUCCCAGCUCAGCCAGAGCCAGGGCUCCCUGCGGUCCUCCUCCUCCCUGGGCUCCGUCCGUGGGGACGAGGGGGGGCUCUACGCCGACUUCUACGGAGACUACUGCCCCCUCUUCGACAACGGCCAGGACCCCGACUCUGCCAGUCUGCAGGCGGACGCGGAGGACCCCCCCUCCGAGGCGGCGGUGCUGGAGGGCCAGGGCAGCUUCAAGCUGGACGGCUGGUGGCUCCGCCUGCGUCAGUUCCACGGCCUCAUCGUCAAGCGCUUCCACUGCGCCAAGCGCAACACCAAGGGCCUCUUCUCCCAGAUCCUGCUGCCCGCCUUCUUCGUCUGCGUCGCCAUGACCGUCGCGCUGUCCGUGCCCGAGAUCGGUGACCUGCCUCCUCUGAUUCUGUCCCCCUCCCAGUACCACAACUACACCCAGCCUCGCGGAAACUUCAUCCCGUACGCCAACGAGGACCGUGCCCAGUACAGGAGCAAGCUGUCCCCUGACGCCAGCCCCCAGAAGAUCAUGAACACCUUGCGGCUGGCCUCGGGCGUGGGCGCCACCUGUGUCCUGAAGACGGCCCACAACCUCACGCUGGACCAGCUGGCCGAGACGCUCAACCUCAGCGCCAACAACUCCAAGACACUGGCUGCCCGCUACUUCGACUCCAUGUGCCUGGACUCCUUCACGCAGGGGGUGCCCCUCUCCAACUUCGUGCCCCCGCCCCCGUCGCCCGCCCCCUCGGACGACCCCGACCCUGGGUUCGAGGAUGGCUCGUGGAACUACACCGCCGGCCCCCCCACCACUGUGCGGGAAACGGUGACGUCAGCCCCGUCGUUGCCCCUGACGAUUCGGGAGCCGGUGCGCUGCAUCUGCUCCAUGCAGGGUACCGGCUUCUCCUGCCCCAGCGGGGUGGGGGGGCGACCCCCCCUCAUCAAGGUUGUGACCGGCGAUAUUCUGGUGGACAUUACGGGCCGCAACGUGUCCGAGUACCUGCUGUACACCUCAGACCGCCUGCGGCUGCACAGGUAUGGUGGGUUCACGGUGGGCAACAUCCAGAAAUCCAUCCCAGCAUCCUUUGGGAGGAAGACUCCGCCUAUGAUACGGAAAAUUGCCGUGCGGAGAUCGGCACAGGUGCUCUUUAAUAACAAAGGCUACCACAGCAUGCCCACGUAUCUCAACGUUCUCAACAAUGCCAUCCUGCGCGCCAACCUGCCAGCAGGCAAAGGCAACCCUGCAGCAUACGGAAUCACAGUGACAAACCACCCCAUGAACAGGACCAGUGCCAGUCUCUCUCUGGACUACCUACUGCAAGGUACUGAUGUGGUGAUUGCCAUCUUCAUCAUCGUGGCUAUGUCCUUCGUGCCUGCCAGCUUUGUGGUCUUCCUCGUGGCAGAGAAGUCCACCAAGGCCAAGCACCUGCAGUUUGUUAGUGGCUGUGACCCCGUCAUCUACUGGCUGGCUAACUACAUCUGGGAUAUGCUGAAUUACCUGGUGCCGGCCACCUGCUGUGUCCUGAUUCUGUUUGUGUUCGACCUGCCGGCCUACACCUCCCCCACCAACUUCCCAGCAGUCCUGUCCCUCUUCCUGCUGUACGGCUGGUCCAUCACCCCUAUCAUGUACCCGGCCUCCUUCUGGUUCGAGGUGCCCAGCACAGCCUACGUCUUCCUCAUUGUCAUCAACCUCUUCAUCGGGAUCACCGCCACAGUGGCCACCUUCCUGCUGCAGCUGUUUGAGCACGACAAGGAUCUGAAGGUGGUGAAUAGCUACCUGAAGUCCUGUUUCCUCAUCUUCCCCAACUACAACCUGGGCCAUGGGCUGAUGGAGAUGGCUUACAAUGAGUACAUCAACGAGUACUACGCCAAGAUAGGUCAGUUUGACAAAAUGAAGUCCCCCUUCGAGUGGGACAUCGUGACACGGGGCCUUGUCGCCAUGACGAUUGAAGGAUUUGUGGGAUUCUUCAUCACUAUCAUGUGCCAGUAUAACUUCCUAAGGAAACCCCAGAGGGUCCCCGUGAGCAGCCAGCCGGUGGAGGACGACGACGUGGACGUGGCUCGAGAGAGACGCAGGGUGCUGCGCGGUGACGCCGACAAUGACAUGCUGAAGAUCGAAAACCUCACCAAGGUGUACAAGUCCCGGAAGAUGGGGCGCAUCCUGGCGGUGGACCGGCUGUGUUUGGGGGUGCGUCCGGGGGAGUGCUUCGGUCUGCUGGGGGUGAAUGGUGCGGGGAAGACGACCACAUUUAAGAUGCUGACCGGAGAUGUGAGCACCACGGGGGGAGAGGCCUUCAUCGGGGGGCACAGUAUUCUUCGGGAGCUCCUGCGGGUGCAGCAGAGCAUUGGAUACUGUCCCCAGUUUGACGCCCUGUUUGAGGACCUGACGGCCAGAGAGCAUCUGGAGCUGUACACCCGGCUACGGGGCAUUCCCUGGAAGGACGAGGAGAGGGUGGUACAGUGGGCCCUGGAGAAGCUGGAACUUUCCAAGUACGCUGACAAACCGGCGGGCACCUACAGCGGAGGCAACAAACGCAAGCUCUCCACGGCCAUCGCCCUCAUUGGAUACCCCUCACUCAUCUUCCUGGACGAACCCACCACGGGCAUGGACCCCAAGGCCCGCCGUUUCCUGUGGAAUCUCAUCCUCGACAUCAUCAAGACGGGACGCUCCGUGGUGCUGACGUCGCACAGCAUGGAAGAGUGUGAGGCGCUGUGCACCAGGCUGGGCAUCAUGGUCAAUGGGAGGUUCAAGUGCCUGGGCAGCAUUCAGCACCUUAAAAACAGAUUUGGGGAUGGGUACAUGAUCACAGUGCGGACCAAGACCAGUGCCAGUGUGAAGGAAGUGGUGAGAUUCUUCAACAGGAACUUCCCAGAAGCUAUUCUGAAGGAGCGACACCACACCAAGGUGCAGUACCAGCUGAAGUCUGAGCGCAUCUCCCUGGCUCAGGUCUUCAGUAAGAUGGAGCAGGUAGUGGAGGUGCUGGGCAUCGAGGAUUACUCUGUCAGCCAGACCACACUGGAUAAUGUGUUUGUGAACUUCGCCAAGAAGCAAAGCGACAACCUGGAGCAGCAGGAGAGCUCCCCCCCUGGUGGUGGCCAGUCGCCACUGCAGCGCAUACUGAGCAUGCUCCGGCCCCGGCCCGCCAACACCGAGCUGAACGCGCUCGUGAGCGAGGAGCCGGAGGAGCUGGAGAGCGACGAUGACGAGGGACUCAUCAGCUUUGAAGAGGAAAGGGUGCAGCUGUCGUUUAACACAGACACUCUCUGCUGAACAUCGGUAACUGACUUACAAAGAGAGAUAGAUGGAGACACACAGACUACAGCACAGAGAUCUGUCUGACUCCAGGAGGAGAGGGGAAGAUUUCAGGUGGGAAGCAGAGGACAAACAAGCAAAGGAAUGUUUUUCUUUCCGGAUUGGAGGCAGGCCGGGGCGGGGGGAGUGUCUCUGUCUGUGUGCGAGGGAGCGGCGCGCUGUAUCUCUGUGAUCCCUCGAACCUUUGCAGAAACGGAAAACUCUCGCUGAGCGCACCGUCUCGCUGAGAUGUGUGGGGAAGAGGAUGCAGUGAGAGGCCAAAGGCCAGCCCCUCUCUGACCGUCCGGCUGCAGCAGGGAUUGAGGUGGGGAGGAGCUCAGAGAGAGAGGGCCACAUCUUGGGUAAUCCACUGCUAUCACCAGAAUGCCGGGACUUCAACAGGGACAUUCUGUUUAAACGUGUACGUGUCCAUUUAUGAGUUUUGCUGAAAUUGGGAACACAGAAGGGGAAGCGUGUGAAUGUUGAGGAGAACUCUGAACCCUGAACACCCUCAGGGUCGCAGGGAGUGCAGAAACAGCAUUGUGUUAAAAAGGGAUUUUUCAGGGGUUAGGUGUCAUUGGAAAUUCCGGGCUUGAUGCUUAUUAUUGCUAUUAUUAUUAUUGUUGUUAUUAUUAUGUGUUGGCGUUUGUGGCCACUGAUGUCACAGAAUAACAUAUCAUUCUCUUUAAGGUCAGACCACAUUGGGCUCAGCAUGCUGAUGCUGACAGAUGUCCUGCUCUGAAUGUAAACUCAUUUUUUGGGAAUGGUAAUGUUUGUUUCUGACCAUUUUAAUUGCCAUUUUCCUGUGUUGCUGGACUUGCCCCCUUUUUUUGAGUUUAAUAACUUUGAAACUGUCCUUGCCUUUCAAGCAUGCUGUAUCUUCAAACUCACUUAGAGCAAUGAGUCCAAAGCAGUGCAGUGUGCUUCUUCUGUGGAGAGACAAGCGAUUUCUUUCAUGUAAUGACAUGUCUGCGGUCGGAUUGCUGUGUUUAUUUAAUUAACAGACUGAUAAUUAGUAAUUAAUAUACUGUACGUGCACCUUCAAAAGUGGCAAAUUGUCGGCAUGCUUGGGUUGAAAAUGGAACUGUGUUGUGGGUCCCUGGCCUUUUAUGUUUCUGUAACUUGAAAACACUAAACUAGUCAAAAAAGGAAAACCCUAUGUACAGGCCAGCUGGCCUCCCCAGCCGCGGAUUGUAAAUGACGAGAAAAUGUGUGACUGCGAGAACGCACAGAUUGGAACCUCCUUAAACUGUAGCUACAGCUUUCCUGUUCUAUAAUGCGAGGAAACCACACCCACUUUCUGUAUCUGACCUAUUGAAUUGACCAACACUGUGGAGUGGCUCCCUCAUGUUUUUGUUUGGAACAGAACCCCUGUUCAACUGAACGCUCUCUUCCCAGACUCUCUUUCAGGAUUGCAAUGCUUAAAUUGUACUGAUGAAAUCUCACGUGGACCUUAUACUGUAUAUUUUUUUGAAUGUAAUUUGCAAGGUAAUUUAAACCCUGUUAAUGAUUAAUAAUAUAGCUAUGAGUUGCUUUACAGUGGGUCAUAAGGUCCCCCCACAAAGUGUCAAUCACAUGAACAAUAAUUAAGUCUAUUUUAUUACAGCACUGUGAAGCUAAAGUGAAUUUUCAGCAUAUUAUUUUGAACAGAUCCUCAG